CUCGCCGCCAUCUUGCGCACACGAGUCCCGACAUGGGCCCGGGGCUCCUGAGCGCCGCGCUGGUGUUUGUGGGGACCUCGCUCCUGUACGCGGAACUCCCCCCGCUGCCCGAAAGGAACGGGGGUGCACCUGCCCGGGGACAGGCCGGCGGCCCCGGGGAGGCCAAGGCCCCGCCGAGCGGCGUGAACGGAUCCGCCCAGAAAGGGGAAGAGCUGUUGAAAGUUAUUAGGCGAGCUUUUAUUAGGAAGGGUGAAAUUUUCACCUUGAUUCACCACGCCCAGAGUCAUGACUCGCCAUUUAACACAAGGAGGAACGUGAUACCUGGCCAGAGAAACCUCUCUCAGUGUAAAACUUUUGGGGAAAAUACAGUUGUAAAACCGAGGGGAAUUGCGUCAAUUGAAUCUCUUCCUAUUUCUUGUGGAACAGCACCGCUUAUGAAUGUGUUAAAAGGGUCUCGGAUUAUAGGGGGCUCAGAAGCUCCAAUUGGUUCAUGGCCAUGGAUAGUCAGCCUGCAAAUUCAGUCUGGCAGGACUCUUGUUCAUAUAUGUGGAGGCAGCAUAGUGAAAGAAAGGUGGAUCCUCACAGCUGCUCACUGCAUUAAAGACACCAACAAUCCUUUGCUAUGGAGAGUUGUGAUUGGAACUAAUAAUAUAGGUGGGAGACUGCCACAAACCAAGAAGAUGAAAGUUAAAGCCAUCAUUAUCCACCCAGCCUUCAAUUUGCAAUCUUAUUUCAGUGAUAUUGCACUUUUUCAUUUAAAAAAAGCAGUGAGAUAUAAUGACUAUAUUCAGCCUAUUUGUCUACCAUUUGAUGUUUUUCAAAACUUGAACCAAAGCACAAAGUGCUUUAUAAGUGGCUGGGGAAGAACAAAAGAAGAAGGUAAUGUUACAAAUAUGUUACAGGUAGCAGAAGUGCAUUAUAUUUCUCGAAACAUUUGUAAUUCUGCGAAGAGUUAUGGGGGAAUAAUUCCUGACACUUCGUUUUGUGCAGGUGAUGAAGAAGGAGCUUUUGACACUUGCAGGGGUGAUAGUGGUGGACCAUUAAUGUGCUACUUACCAGAACAUAAGCGAUUUUUUGUAAUGGGAGUAACCAGUUACGGACACGGCUGUGGUCGAAAAGGUUUUCCUGGUGUGUAUAGCGGGCCGGCCUUCUACCAAAAAUGGCUGACAGAGCACCUCAACCUGGAAAGCAAUGGCAUAGCCAACAUCCAUGUUCUAUUGGGACAGGUCCUUGUGUUCUUAAGUUCUGUUGUCUUACUAACUCCAUAAAGAAAUUCUGAAGAAUAUUUUUUAUGGUGACCCCCCCAUGUUCCAUAUAAUGAAAAUCAUCUAUUCUUUUUGCAAGUUAUUGUCCACUUCAGAGUUUUCAUGUGAACAAUUUUGGAAUAAAAGGAUUGUGACAUAUUGUAUAUAUGGUUAUAAAUUUGGCACUGAAUCACAUGCUUCUGGAGGUAUCUGUUGCAUUUAGAACACUUUCCUAGAGUUUGUAUCAAAUAUUCACUUAAGUGCAUACUUUGUAUAUAAAUACCAAAUGAUAAAAUUUAUAAUUGAUUUGAAAGCUGUUCUUUUGUUAAAUUAAUAAAAC